GACAGAUUGCAGCUUCUUUUUUAGAGUCUGAACCUCACAAAUAUCCACUGUUCCGUGUCACGCGUGCCAGGCCUAAUACUUCCUGAAAUUUGAGGAAACAAAAAGGGCAGUUAAGAAACUUUCAGAAAAUGGAACUUCCAACCAUAACCCAACGAUCUGCUUCAUCAAUUAAGCGUGAAUGCAUGAUCAUGUUUGCCCACGGGCUGAAACUGAACGCAUUCAGUGGAAAGUUAUAGUUUUGGGGGAUGAGAUUCGGGACAAUGCCCACAAGCUGAGCCAUGUGAAGCAGUAGAAUAAAAGCCACUUCUCCGUAUACAAUCCAUCCAUUCUGUCCCCACAAGGCAGUCUCUCUGUGUCUAUAGGAGACCUAUUGAUUCUAAACUCUAGCCUAUGACCAGUGGAGGAACGAUCAUUGCCCACUUCAACCACCACUGAAAGGUCUAUAAAUAUUUUUGUAUUUGUGAGAAGAACUCAUCAAUAUGAAAUGGAAGGAGUCAAGAGCUUCUGUGAUCAGACUGAGCCAAGAGAUGCUUUCAACAUGGCAUAUAUAAUUCAUUUUGUUCUUGGUGCUGGCAAUUUGCUUCCGUGGAAUGCUCUAAUUACUGCUGUUGAUUACUUUGGAUAUCUCUAUCCACAUGAGCGUGUUAACAAAGUGUUUGCCGUAGCUUACAUGGGCUCUUCGCUGCCAGUCCUUGUCCUUCUUUUGAGUUGGGGUAGCUGGAACAAGAAGUCGAGCUUUAGACUAAGGAUGAACCUGGGACUGUCAAUGUUCAUUCUCUCUCUCUUGACACCCCCAAUGAUAGACUGGGCUAGUCACAGCAGUGGCCCACAAAAGAGGCCACAUGGAGCCUAUACUGUGACUGUUGCAGCGGUGGCAGUCUGUGGUUUAGCCGAUGGGCUGAUCGGUGGAAGCUUGAUAGGAUCUGCAGGGAAGCUUCCCAAACGGUAUAUGCAGGCAGUUUUUGCAGGAACUGCUUCCUCAGGGGUUUUAGUUUCCAUUAUGAGGAUCAUUACGAAGGCAUCCCUUCCCCAGAACCCCCACGGUCUCCGUUUAAGUGCCCACAUCUAUUUUGUCAUCAGCACUCUUAUCGUGCUGGGGUGUAUUAUCUGUUGCAACAUUUUAGACAGGUUGCCAGUUAUGCAAAAAUGCCAGAGCAAGAUAACAAUGGCUCCCGGGACCCUCAUCUCCAGCUUUUCAGAUAAUCCACGGAGUUCCAUGAGAAUGCUCUUUGAAGUUGAUGAACCAGAACAGCCAAAAUUUUGGGAUGUGAUGAGAAAGAUCAGAUGGCCAGCUUUUGGGAUUCUUAUGAUAUACACUGUAACACUCUCUAUUUUCCCAGGAUACAUAGCUGAAGAUGUACACUCCAAGCUGCUUCAAGAUUGGUAUCAGAUCUUGCUGAUCACAGUGUACAAUGUCUCAGAUUUAGCAGGGAAGUCCUUGACUGCAGUAUAUGUUCCAAAGACAAUUGCGAAGACUACAUGGGCUUCCAUCUCCAGGCUUUUAUUCUAUCCUCUCUUUACAGCUUGCCUCCAUGGACCAAAGUGGUUUAGAACUGAGAUGCCAGUAGUGUUUCUGACAACCAUGCUGGGACUAUCAAAUGGGUAUCUAACAAGUGUUCUCAUGAUACUUGCUCCUAAAUCAGUAACAGUUGCAGAAGCAGAAACAGCUGGCAUUGUGAUGGCUUUGUUCUUGGCAAUUGGGUUAGUAGUGGGUUCAAUUCUGGGGUGGUUCUGGAUCAUUUGAACCAUAUGAGUCAUUGCAUAUGGCCAAGUUGAUCUUGAAUUUAUGAUUCCUAUCCUCUCAAUACAGAUGAGGAAGGCUUGUCACCUUCGCAUGUUAUUUCUCCAUCACCCUUUCCAGUUCCAAAUCUUAGCCAGGGAAUUGAAAAGUUCCACAUGAAAAGAAGAAUGCAGAAACCCAAUUAAUCCAGCCAAAUAGAGAAGAUCUGUUAUUUCACUAGAGGAGUUUUCACAGUAUAUUUGGUUAAUUGUUCAUUUCCUAAAUAUAAUUAAGUAAUAGUAUAUAGCCAUGGAUACUGACAGAUAUGCGUAAGCUUUGGGUAUUAAGCUUAUCAUUAUUGCUCUAUCCAUUCUGUGUAUCAUUUGUAUUGGUCAAAUACAAAGCAACACUGACAGGCUCAAUACCUAAUUUUUAGGUACCUGAAGUUCUUAUCA